AUGAUGAGCUGCAAGGGCCUUGGCGGCGAGGGGAGCGCGACGGCGGCGGCGGCGCUGCCGCACGUCCUUGCUGUGGACGACAGCUCGGUGGACCGCGCCGUCAUCUCCGGCAUCCUCCGGAGCUCCAAGUUUCGCGUGACCGCCGUGGACAGCGGGAAGAGGGCGCUCGAGCUUCUCGGCUCCGAGGCGAAUGUGAGCAUGAUAAUCACAGACUACUGGAUGCCGGAGAUGACAGGCUACGAGCUCCUCAAGAAGGUCAAGGAGUCGUCCAAGCUCAAGGGGAUCCCCGUGGUGAUCAUGUCCUCGGAGAACGUGCCUACAAGGAUCACCAGGUGCAUGGAGGAAGGAGCGGAGGACUUCCUGCUGAAGCCCGUUCAGCCGUCUGAUGUAUCGCGUCUCUGCAAUCGCGUCCUCCGUUGA